CCUUGUCUCAUAGAUGUCAAUAUUCCCAGGGUGCACUUGGGUCGUGCAUUCGAGAAAUGCUAGUUUGUCGAGGUGGACGUCAAAGGUGCGGCUCUUGUAUUGCCUGUAGAGAAUUAUUCCGAAUAAAAAUCCCUAAAUGCAAGAAUAGGAGGAUGUAGCUCUUCAAAAAUGUCGAUAUUGUGCUAGAAAAGCAUGAAUUUCACGUUGCAAAUUAAGUCAAAAAAGUGAGCUUUUCGCUGUUGUCCCAGGAAGUGCAAAAUUCGGAAUUGAGCAUCCACGUCAAGACAAAAGACUUAUUCGACCUAAAAACUUGAUUUCCGAGACAUGCUUUUAAUUGGAAUAUUGAACUUGUUGUCUUGUUGUCUUGUAAGAGCAAGUUUUUCAGAGGCAUCUAGCCAUUUUGGGAAAUUAUAAUUUUUGGAGUCAUCACUCCUGUGGUACUGAUGAUACCGAUGGCCGUGGGGAAAGGGUUAAUAAAAAAAAUACUUCAUGACAGCGCAGUAGCUAUUUCAGUUCAAACUUAUCUGGAUAAUAUUUCUUAAUAUAUAUAAUGCUAAUGAAGGCAUUUGAGCACAAACAAAUCUAACAGGUCAAAGUUAUGGGGUGGGUACUCCCCAAAUAUAACAUUUCGAGUAUUUUCAGCAAAAUGCACCAAGUCGAAAGUAUGGGGGGUAGUGAACUAAGCCUAUACGCAUAGCCAGUUCGCAAUAAGUAUUGUAGUCUGUUUGUGUGUCAGUACAGUUGUCAGGUAUGGUCUCAAAUUUGGGUGGGAGAAGCUGGUCACGUGACUAACUCUGGCCAAAAACCCUAGUUCGAGUCUCAAACCUAAGCCAAACCCUAAGUAAAAACCUAACCCUUGCCCUAAUCUUAACCUAGGUCAACGAAUCAAAACCUAGCCAACAUUAACCCUAUAACCUAAGCUUUAAACCAAGUAGUCGAAAACGUGGGUCACGUGACACUGAUUUUUGAGUUUAACUCAUUCCCUACGGUGAUAAAUUUGUCAAUUUUGUAGUUUUUUUGUGUGUUAGACUUCCAUAAAUUGCUUAACUUCCAAAUAAGGCGCUGUCAAUCAAACUAAUGUCAAUUCAAAUACCUCAGGAAAUGCAAAUUUCAAUAACGCACGGCGAAUUUGAGACACCUCGCUAGAUUAGCCAGCACUCGAGCUCAAAUUCGCCAAAAAAAGGUUUAUAAGUGCAUUUUUUAAGUCAUUUGCUGCCAUAGAAGCCCCUAGGACUGCAUCAUCAAGCUCGACUAGGCGGCAAAGACAGCCUUCUGGAAGAAAUCAGAGGUGGAAAGCGAUUUUUCGAAGAAGACGGCAACAAAGCGAAGGUCUCUUUGAAUUGUUGUCGUUAGAGAAAGGUCGUUUCCCUAGUCAUUCUGUGGCAGAUUUCGGAACCUACCAAGGUAAAUUUGGCAAGUUUUAACAUCCAAAGAAUGCAGUCGAUGCAAUAUUUUGCCUGUAGGUGCGAGUGACUUGGCACUUAUAAAAAAAUUACUAAAGUAAGAUUACUGGCCAUUCCUUGUCUCAUAGAUGUCAAUAUUCCCAGGGUGCACUUGGGUCGUGCAUUCGAGAAAUGCUAGUUUGUCGAGGUGGACGUCAAAGGUGCGGCUCUUGUAUUGCCUGUAGAGAAUUAUUCCGAAUAAAAAUCCCUAAAUGCAAGAAUAGGAGGAUGUAGCUCUUCAAAAAUGUCGAUAUUGUGCUAGAAAAGCAUGAAUUUCACGUUGCAAAUUAAGUCAAAAAAGUGAGCUUUUCGCUGUUGUCCCAGGAAGUGCAAAAUUCGGAAUUGAGCAUCCACGUCAAGACAAAAGACUUAUUCGACCUAAAAACUUGAUUUCCGAGACAUGCUUUUAAUUGGAAUAUUGAACUUGUUGUCUUGUUGUCUUGUAAGAGCAAGUUUUUCAGAGGCAUCUAGCCAUUUUGGKAAAUUAUAAUUUUUGGAGUCAUCACUCCUGUGGUACUGAUGAUACCGAUGGCCGUGGGGAAAGGGUUAAACCAAUGGGAUGGAUGGAUUAUACAAUGCACAAUUAGCACCUUCUUGCAUUUCCUUUGCCGUUUGCUUCUAUAGUUCUUACUUGGGCCAUUACUUAACCACAAUUUUUCCUGACAUUGCAAAAUAAUAAACAAGCUGAAAAUUGACAGUUGCCUCGCUUUGGCAACUUGCGAAAGGGGAACCAGUAAUUGUUACAUGAACUUCUGAGGGAAUUUGAUCUUUUUAUUGUUAUUAUUAUUGUUGCUGUUGUUUUGUUUUUGUAAUGUUUGUUUGUUUGUUUGUAAAAAGGUGAGGGGUUUUUUCACCAAAAUUGUUAGUUUAGUCAGCAGAUCGGAUAAAAUUCAUACAAAAUCUAUAGUAGCAUAAACUGAAAUAAAAGUACAUGUAACUAGUUCAUAAACUUUAUUCACCCUUCGUACAACUGGCCCCUGGUGGCUUCAGUUGAUUCCAUGUUUAUCCAUUUUUUGUUUGUUUUUUUGUUUGUUUUGUUUUGUUUUGUUUUUGUUUUUCUUUUCUUUUCCCCCUCUUUUCUUUGUUUUAGUAUGCUGUGCAAUAUUUUGAGCCCGCGGUUCUUUUAGUCAGUCCACUGGGGAACCAUCAUGGCGGCGACUGUACAGGUGCCGAUGCAAAUGGAUCCUCUCUUUCUGUCUUUAAGUCUUUAUCGUCGACGAAAACUGGACGAAUGUAUUGAAGUAUGUACAGAACUACUCAAAAAGAACCCUUACGAUCAGGCUGCCUGGUGCCUCAAAACACGAGCUUUUACCGAACAAGUUUACGUAGAUGAAGUCGAUGUCGAUGAAGAAGGGAUUGCAGAAAUGUUGAUGGAUGACAACGCUGUCGCUCAACUUCCAAGGCCAGGGACAUCACUGAAAAAGCCASGAACAAGUAGUGGUGGCCCAUCUCAAGGUGUUAGGCCWAUGUCACAGUCUGGAAGACCUGUCACUGGAUUUAUAAGACCAGGAACUCAAAGUGGUCGACCAGGAACRAUGGAACAAGCAAUACGAACCCCAAGAACYGCACARACUGCCAGGCCUGUUACAAGUGCGUCAGGAAGACAUGUCAGAAUGGGAACAGCAUCCAUGCUGGCUCAACCUGAUGGACCAUUCAUUAAUAUUUCCAAACUCAAUCUUUCAAAAUAUGCACAAAGACCCAACCUUGCAAAGCCCCUCUUUGAUUACAUCUUCCAUCAUGAAAAUGACGUCAGAAAUGCGUUAGAACUUGCAUCCAAGGCAACAGAAGAAGCACAAUUUAAAGACUGGUGGUGGAAAGUACAGUUGGCAAAAUGUUAUUACAGACUUGGUAUGUUCAGAGACUCAGAAAAACAGCUCAAAUCUGCCUUGAGAGACACAGAAACUGUUGAUACUUUUCUGUAUCUUGGUAAAGUUUACAGACGACUCGACCAGCCUAUUACUGCAAUUGAUACAUUCAAAAAGGGAUUAGACAAGUUUUCUGGAGAAACAACCCUGAUGACUGGAAUAGCACGUAUAUAUGAAGAGCUACAAGACAUGAACAAUGCUGUCAAGUAUUAUAAAGAUGUCCUUCAUUUUGACAACACUCAUGUAGAAGCCAUUGCAUGUAUUGCAACAAACCACUUUUAUACAGAUCAACCAGAAAUUGCACUUAGAUUUUACAGACGGUUACUACAGAUGGGUGUGUACAAUGCUGAACUGUUCAACAAUCUUGGMCUUUGCUGUUUCUAUGCUCAGCAAUAUGACAUGGCCUUAAACUGCUUUGAGCGUGCUUUGACACUGGCAUCUGAUGAGACUAUGCCUGAUGUAUGGUACAACAUAGGCCAUGUAGCCCUGGGUAUUGGUGAUAUGGCUUUAGCUUAUCAGUGUUUUAGACUGGCUUUGGCAGCUCAGAAUGACCAUCCAGAGGCAUAUAAUAACCUCGGUGUCUUAGAAAUGAGAAAAGGGCACAA